AGUCGACAAAAAUUAUACUAGAAAUAGUCGGCUAAAUGUCGACUUCGAAAGUCAAAAGUUGGCGCGUAGUGCGCGCGUGACAUGCGAUCGCCGCGAUUUCAUCCUUUCGAUCGUCUCUGUGUGUGUGUGCCCAUUGUGCCUCCCGCGUGCUUUUUGUUCCAACUGUGCAAUAUUUAUCAAGCUUAUCUUGUGCAAUAGAGGCGGUGCUAAUUCUGCAGUCUUAUUGUUAGCCGAAACAAAAUAUCUGCAUGAAGCAGUACGAAAGACGAAGCGCCGGCGAAUUUGAUUAUUGACUAUUGAGCGAAGCAGCACGUACGAUACAUAAUCAAGAUGCCUAAAAGAUUCCGAGAAUUAUCUUUACGCCAAAAGAAUCGGCGCCUUGAAGCUUUUGCAAGACAUGAGCGGCAAUCAAUUAUACAUAGACCUAUCAAUACGACAGUCAACUUAGAAACGCGAGAUCAUAAUAAUGAACCUGAGAUCAGUGAUGAAAUAUUGGAAACUAAUUUUGUAGACGUAAACUCAUUAGAUUCAUACGAAGAUGAGUCGUCAUGUAGUGACACAGAAAUGCAAAAAAUGACACACGAGAAGCAAGAAAGUCGAAAAGUUGUAAAAGGGAACAUAACAGCUCGACCAACAAUUGUAUCACAACUGAUUAUUCGUCCUUCCACGAGCAAUGAUGGCACUAAUGUAUUAAAUAUGAUACAAAACAAAGAAAACGUUGGAAAUAAUUCUAUUCUUCCUUCCACGAGCAAUGAUGACACUAAUGUAUUAAAUAUAAUACAAAAUAAAGAAAAUAUUGAAAAUAAUUCAAUGACAUUGGAGCAUUCAUUUUGUUGUGAAAAAUGCCGCAAAAAUUACUUGGUCAAAUUUGUGACAAUUGAACGGAAACUCAAUCGGAUCAUUCAUUUUCUAGAAAAUGAAAAUAAUGUACAACGGAAUGAAAUAGAACAAGACGAUGUGUCGUUGUUACCAAAUUUUCCUCUCACUACAGUUGAACAAACAGAAAUGUUCAAUAAAAGAUUGGAAGAUAUUAAUGUUCGGCGACAAUUUAUGAAAAAAAUGGCGCAGUUUGGCGGGGAUACCGUAGCCAAACUUGUAAAAAAUAUAAUGUUGGAAACUAUCGGAUAUGAAGUUGCGGCAGCGUACACGUGGACAGGCCAAAAAAAAAGAUUAUCAUUCAAAACAUCGAAACUGGCUGACACAAUAAUUGCAAUUAUUUUGAAGAAAAAGGAUACUACUACAAUUACUGAAGUGGAAGGAUGUAUUCAAGAGUGGUUGAGACGAUCCGGCGACAGAAAGAGAGGCUUAAACAAGUAAAUAUAUUGUAUGUACCUGAUAUGUUAAAUUUGUCAUUUUCUUUGGAAACUAUUAAUUUUAUAUAGUAUUAUUAUAUAACAUAAAACAUUGAUAUUUUGUACUGAAUAAAACUUAAUCUUCGAUCCAUGAGUGCUGGGACUGUCUUCUUUCGAGAACAGAGUCUGCGUUGAUUGACGCUCUUGAUCAAGCUUCAAUCAAUGGGUGCUGGGACUGUUCUCGAAAGAGGAUAGAGUCCGCAUUGAUCGACGACCAAGGUUAAUCUUCGAUCAAUGGGUACUGGGACUGUCUUCUUCCGAGAACAGAGUCCGCGUUGAUUCGCUCUUGAUCGAGCUUCAAUCAAUGGGUGCUGGGGCUGUUCUCGAGAGAGGAUAGAGUCUGCAUUGGUCAACGACCAAAGUUAAUCUUCGAAACUGGACUUGGAAACAAUAAAAGUAAGGUAGAGUCCAAGGUAGAGUAAAAAUUCUCGCAAUUCUGUUGUUUUCCAACGUCUCAAUUCAUCCAGAGAAUGUGAUUUUCAGAUCAAACUCCUUCGGUACCUACUUUGUACAUUGCAAUUAAUUUUUCCAAGUCUAUUAUAAGUUUGCUACUUAUCCAUAACUGCAAUACUUUUUUCAUGACUCCUAGACAUGACAUAUCAAGUACAUAUAAUUUAAAGAGAACUGUGUAACAUUAGCAGUUGUAUUAACUCGAAAGGAGAUAUAACCAGUAUGACGAUUUUGUGAUUGUAAUAAGUACCUAAUUCUUGUAUACUUUCCACAUCCAAAAAAUCUGUUAUGUGCAAUUUAUUUAAAU